GUCUGACAUCUGGCAGGUAGCGUGGUCGCGUGGUGUCACAAAGCUGACAAAGCCACGAAUGAACGCACCGAAAGUAAAGUGCUGGUAAUGCAGUGAAGCUGAACUCGGACGAGAGCGUGAUAGCCCGCCGAGAUGUCGGGCAAUCGGAAGAUCGCUGAAGGGACGGAGGCUCUGCGGCAAGCCGAGAAAUUCCUCAAGACUGGAUUGCUCAAGUGGAAGCCCGACUGGGACAACGCCGCCGCAGAGUACUGCAAGGCAGCGACGGCUUUCAAGGGGGCCAAGGCAUUGCAGCAGUGCAAGGACGCACACCUCAAAGCGGCCGAGUGCUACCUCAAGAACGGCUCCUUCUUCUCAAGUGGCAAGCAGCUGGAGCAGGCUGCACUGGUGAGCAGAGACAUGGGGGACCUGAACGCAGCCGGAGAGCUGGUGGACCGGGCCUCCCGCCUCUUCGUAGACUCCCGCAGCCCAGACACUGCCGCCCUCACGCUGGAGCGGGGAGCCAAGAUCAUCGAAAACAAGCAUCCUCAGGCAGCAGUAGAGUUCUUCAACAGAGCAGCAGAAAUCGUUUCGGUGGAGGACCGGCCCCGGCAGGCGGCGGAAUUCUGCGGCCAGGCGGUCCGGCUCUUGCUCAAGACAUCCAGGUGGGAGGAGGCAGCGGAGGCCAUUGGGCGUCAGCGGGAGUUCCUGCGGGAGGCCGGGGACGAGCGUGCGGUGGGGCGCCUGGUGGUGGCCUCCGUGCUCGUCCACCUGGCCCGGGACGACUUUGUGGCCGCGAGCAAGGCCCUCGACCAGGGCGCAGGGUUCCUGGAGGGGGAGGAGCAGGACACCCUGUCCACGCUGCUGGAGGGCUGCGACCAGGGGGACCCCGACACCGUGGCACGCGCCCUCAAGAGCCCCUUCCUCAGGCACAUGGACACCGAGUAUGCCAAGCUGGCCAGGAUGCUGGGCCAGCAGGCAAACGAGUCCAAGAGGAAAGCAGCCAAGGAGCCUGUCCCCACGGGAGAGGAAGGGGCGGACCACUCCGAAGAGGCUGAGGCAUCGGCCGGCCCCGGCGGUGACUCGGACGACGAGUUUGCGGGAGGCCUGCUCUGAUGUGGCCUUGCAUGCGGCGGCCUCUGCAACGCGUCUGCCGCGGCUUGAGAGUUGGGGCCGACUCUGUUCAUAGGUUCCAAUGAUGCGAUAAAAGGAGUAUGGCUGUGAAAAGCUGGCACGACGUCCUACGGCCUCGAUCGAUGUCGCGUCAGUCUCGAGAAACCCUAGUCCGCCUUUGCCGAGGAAUCCUUCCUGGCUUUGGCAUUGAUGCAGACAUCGUAAGCAACGAAGACCCGUCUGCACGCUCGCGUUUGCUUAGGGCCGAGCGCCUUAAAACCUCUUAUGACGAGAGAACACGGUCCCUAUAUACUGAAAAGUAGCCCAAUUCUUCUUCUCCCUGCAUUUUCCUCCUUUCCACUGAGGGCAAUCCUUCUCGCCCUCCUUCUGCACCACGCCCCCGCUGCCAUUUUCGUGCGAGGUCCACAAGUCGCUCGGGUGUAAAGACAAGCGUUCUUCGAUUCCACUGAAAGAGGACGAUUAAAAAAAGAAAUGAAUGUA